AUGGCUCCGGUUCUCGGAUUCAUUGAAGGGCUCCUGGAGGUUAUUUCUGGGGGUUUCUUCGACCCGGACCGCACAAGGUCUGGCAGAUGGAUUGGGUGUCGCUCCUUCGACGAUGCCGUGAGGAAACUGAGUGACGCUUCAGGUGCCGGGGGCCUUUCUGGUCUGCACAGCGAGGAGGAGGCUGGUCCGUCCAUAGCACCUGAGGUUUACGAUGUCUGGAAUCCUGAGGAGCCUUUGGAACCUGGGGAUGCCACGCCUCGGUCUGCAGCACUGGGGCCCGAGCCAGCUUCCUCCGAAGAGCGUCAGGUGUCUGAUUGUGAUUCCUCGUCCGCGUCUCUUCAGGAUGAGGAAGAGUCCGAGGAUGCUGAAAGGAUGGCCGAGCUUGCGGGAGAGCAGGUGGCCGAGACCAUCCAAGGAGCAGCGGACGUCGGCCUCAGCCAAGGGGCCAUUGAUACUCUGCGUGCGAAAGGAUGGGGCACACAUGCAAAUUUUGCCUUUUCCACUGCAGUGAUUCCGGGGCAGGGAGACGAUAGCGUCUUCGUGCGUGAUGUGAUCACAGCCGUCCUAGGGGACGCGGAUCAUGCUUCGGCGGCGGCUUUGCGGAGGUUGCACUUUGAAAGUUACACCCUCGCUGCUGCUGAAUUAAAGCGACAGACGGAAAACACUGAGAGUGACGUUCCGCGGAAACUUCCACCUACGGAGAUCUCCAGCCGGAUCGAUGCUUUGCAGACAAAGAUUUUACCGCUGAGGAUCGAGGACAGCCUCGAGCCAUCCCACGCGGUUGUGAACUUGGUUUGCCAAUGCGUGGAAGAUCAACGCGUGCGUUACCUGGAGCUGUGCAGAGUGACUACAAGGAAUCAAGAAGUGAAUUCCUUGAAAGAAGUUCCCUCCCUUCGUAUGUUGCAGCCGGAUCGCAGUGGAAUGCUGAAAGCUGUUGCUUCCCCGGAUGCUUUGAGGACCAAG